AUGUCCCAUUACGGCAGUGCUCCCGGCGGAUAUGCGCCACCUCCAGGCGGUGGUGGAUAUGGUGGGCCUCCUGGAUAUGGCGGUGGUCAAAGUCAAGGCUACGGUGCUCCUGCAGGACCACCACCUGGUGCUGACCCCCAAUUAUGGAACUGGUUCAGUGCCGUUGAUGUUGACCGCUCUGGGCAUAUCACUGCUGAUGAAUUGCAACGUGCUUUAAUCAAUGGCGAUUGGACUCCUUUCGAUAUUGACACUGUGAAGCUAUUGAUGACGAUCUUUGAUGCGGAUCGUAGUGGGACAAUUGGCUUCAACGAAUUUGUUGGUCUUUGGAAAUACAUCAAGGACUGGCAAAACGUCUUCAGACACUUUGACCGUGACCGGUCUGGCUCAAUCGACGGUGCAGAAUUAACCAGUGCAUUUCAACAAUUCGGCUACAACCUCUCUCCCCAACUUCUGGAUCUCGUUCAACGGAAAUACGAUCCCAAAGGAAUGAGUGGACGCACAGCUAUCGUGGCUCCCACAGCGGGGAUCUCUUUCGACCGCUUUGUACGCGCUUGCGUCGUUAUCAAACAGUUGAGUGAAGCGUUUGGGGGCCUAGAUAAUGAUCGGGAUGGAUGGAUUACGGUCAACUACGAUCAAUUCAUGCGCACGGUAUUGACCUUGCCUUGA